GGAAAUCUAGAGGAAGAAUUUCAGUCGGCAAGUGAAAGGACAAAGACUCUAAAACAAGAUCCAGGGAAUGACCACAAACUGAAGUUGUAUGCCUUGUUCGAACAGGGUAGUAUUGGGAAAUGUAACUCCCCCAAGCCAGGAGCAUUUGACUUUGUUGGCAAGGCAAAGUGGACAGCAUGGAAUGAUCUUGGUGAUCUUUCAAAGGUUGAUUUAUACAGUGCAUGCCUUUUGUUUUCUAAGAUUUGUGAGACCAUUCCUGAAAGGGAUUGGUAGGAAACUGCUAGAUGUUGUUGUAAGACCAUCUUUCCAGACCUGUUUCUCCUUUUUCUGUGCAUGCACUCCAAAAUAUUGUUUUACGUAAUAAUGCCAUAAAAAGGUCACACAAUAAGAUGAAACCUUUGAAGUAGAGUAUAAAA